AUGCGCCCACAUUUCAGGUAUGCGUUCUGGCGACCACCCAUUGCUUCGAUUCGUGCCGUUCCUCAAGUUGGUGAUCGAUCUUUCGACAUGUCGACUAUAUCAGAUUGGAUCGAGUCGAAACUUCGGUUACUUAUCGAAAAGAAUCUCGUAUGCCCCAACAUGGUCGACAUCAUACUGCCUGUUAUGUCAGGGAAUGAUCUUUUACGUAAAGGCGCGUACAACUAUUAA